ACCGGGUUGGACUUGUAUAGUAAUUCAGUGGGGAGGAGGAAUUGUUGACGUGCUCUUACCAUUUGAUGCUAAAACUACACGACAACACCUCCAUUAUAAGCCUGGUUUCCGUACCAGAUACACAAAAUAAUGUUAAUUCGAUGCAAGAAAUCUUUAAAGAAAACAAAAUAAAAUAGAGAGAAAGAGAGGGAGUGGCUUACACCACCACGACUCUGUGUGUUCUACGCAAUCCUUUAGCCCGAUAAUUGGGUUGGAUAAAUUUCGUUUCUUUGUCCUCUCGGAGUAAUGGAGAAUCAUUGAAUUUCUCUUUCAUCAGCGUUUUCCAAUCCGAGGUACAGAGCUUCGUUUGUUUACAGAUAUUUGGCGUUGUGCGUUUGUGUUCAUUUCUUUUGAUUCGUGAAUGUUUGAGAACACAUUAUUAGUUUUUCAUGCAAAAUUAUUUGAGGAUUCAUGUUGGUUCUCGGUAACUAAGUUUGGCGAAGAGUGGAUUUAUUCUGGGUAUGGACAGUUUGUGAUGGAAAUGCAGUGUGAGAGGGAUUGGGAAAUGGGGAUGUAGUUAGACAUUUCUGCUGAGAAAGAUGGAUUUACAGGGUAAUUCUCAGCCCGAAUCGGGAAAACUGGAGCAAAUUGUUUACCAAUUUCGAUUAAAGAGCUUGCACAUGAUUCUAGACUCGAGGGUGCCUUCUCUUCCUCGACAUGAUCGCAGUGGUGACCCAUCAUCGGCUUCCCGGGUGAGAAAGAGUGAGAGAUGGUUCAACUUAGCACUAGGCGACCGCCCUGCAGCUCUGGAUAAUGUAAAUUUCUGGCACAGAAGUCCAAUGGAUCCGAUGAUAAUUGAUGUAAUACUAGUUCAUGAAGGGUCUAAGUCUGCGGGGGAAUAUAUUGAGACAGUUAUAGAGAGGUGGGUUGUUCAGUAUGAAUAUCCACGAGCAGUGGCUGCUCAAACUGGUGAAAGUUCUGCCUCUUACAAGAAAACAUACAAGAAGUCUAUAAUACUUUUACGGGCUCUUUAUUCACAAAUGAGGCUUCUCCCAGCAUAUAGGAUCUUCCGGCAGCUAAGUACAUCAAGUCAGACCUAUAAUUUUGAUAUCAUUUACAAGGUCUCUUCACUUAGUGAUCCGUUCUCUAGAGCGGAUGAGGAAAUGAUGGAGGAAUACAGUUUCACUCCUGUAGAGACAUUCCCUGGUCACCUUUGCAUAUCCGUGACAUACCGUACAACACUAUCCGAUUUCAACCUUGAGCCUUCAACCUCUUUGCCACCUAAGAUUAUUCCAGAUUAUGUUGGUAGCCCCAACACUGACCCUCUGAGGUCUAUUCCCUCUUCAGAGAAGGGUGUUCGUGCCAUUUCCUUUCCACUGAGAGGAGUACGGGCUCCAUCUCCUGGGCCGUUUCAACGCCCACACAGCUGGACAAGUGGCUUCCACAGAGCAGCUUUUUCUGCACAAAAUCAGCCCAUUGUUGGAUCUCCACCUGCAUAUCGCCCAUCUCCUAUGCAAUAUGAUUAUCCAUCUCCACCUACCGACAUUUAUGGUAACAGAGUUCAAAAUUAUAGACCACCAAUCCACCAAAAGGCUAUCAGUUAUGAUGAGUAUCAGCUUUCGCCUCCAUUCUCACCAUCCCCAUCUCCGUCUUCCCCAUCAUACUUUGCCAGUGGUAAUCCUAUGCAAACACGUGUACAUCCAGAAACUGCCCCUGUAAGUAUACCACUUUCAAUCACAGGCAGAAGUUCUAGACACCUUUCUCCCAGUUCUUUCGAUCCAAAUAGAAGUUCUCUUCCACCUUUAUCUCCCAGAAGCAGAAGGACUGAUCCUUCAUCACAGGAGUCUCCAUCUGGAAUCACGUCUUUUAGGAAAAUAGAGGCUUUAAGGUCCGGAGAGGUGCAGAAUCAUUAUGCUGGUCACAAGUUGAUCAGAGAUAGCAAAGAUGAUUCAGGGCGGUUUUCAGGAUUGUUAUCUUCCAGUGGCUCACCUCGUAUUGGGUUUUCUAGAAGCUCCAGCAGAUUAUCUUUCCAGGAUGACUUGGAUGAUAAUGACUUCUCAUGUCCUUUUGAUGUUGAUGAUGUUGAUACGUUGGAUUUGCAAGCCAGUCUGACUCUUGAUGGGAGAAAAGCUUCUGAGUUUACUUCACAGUCAUUGCCAAUUGGUAGAAAAUCACAAGAUGCUGCUGUUGGCGUUCUUGUUCAAAUGCUGAGGACAGCACCUCCUCUUCGCCAAGAUUCAAGUUGUUAUUCAUCCCAUUCCAUGAAGACUGAACCUGAGGGAGGAAUGGCUACAGCUUCCGGAUUCUUUAUGCCUCGAAAGACAGCCGAUGCACUUGACGAGCUCAGGAGUUACAGAGAAAUGAAAGACCUUCUACUCUCUAAGAGUGGAACUCGGGUGGUUAGCAAAGAUGAAGCUUGAGCCUACUGCUUUGAUGGGUUCAUCUUUGUUUAGAUAGAAACCUGAGAUCCUAAGAGAAAGGAGAUUAUGUAGUAUGAAAGGAAGUACUGACACCAGGGUUCUUAGGUUUCAACAGAAUGACAACCUCAGGAUUAACAGAUUGUGUACAUAUCAUGAGUGAAAAUAGUCGCUGCACUUUCAUGAUCAUUGCUAUGUGAAAAUGUUUAUGACCUUGCUAUGUUAUACAUGUUUAUUGCAGCCAGAGAA